AUGGCAGCGACAGAGCCGGAGCUGGUGUGGCCGCUGCCCCACGUGGUGAGGGGUCUCGGCAUCCUGGGGCUGUGGGUUCCGCCCCCGGGACGCAGAUGGCGCCACCUGCUGGUGCUCGCCUUCGUCAUGGUCUCACACAUCUGCCUUCUGCUCACCGUCAACGCCAGCAUCAUCAUGGACACGCCGAGCGACUUUCCACGACUGUCAUUCAUUGCCUAUAACUGCUUGACUUACAUAGGUCUAGCUUCAAAGAUGUUCUCGUUUUCGCUGGACGGGCAGCGCCUGACGGAACUGCUGCGACUGCUGGCAGCGUCUCGUCAACGAUUCCCGGACACAGAAGGCCGCAGAGCUCGCCACCAUGUCACAGCUACGAGGCUGCAUCGAUUUCUGCAGGUGACUUACCGGAUGAACUCGGCCUACUGGAGUGUGGCCCCCAUCAUCAGGAUCGUGGCGGCUGGGAGCGCGUCCCUGGCCAGCAGGGACCUGGUGAUCCCCCUGUGGCUGCCGCUCGACACGCGGGCCUCGCCGGCCUACGAGACGCUGUACUGCCUGCAGCUGGCCUUCGGCUGGACCGUCUCCGAAACCACGGUGCUGGUGGACGGCUCCCUCAUAGCGCUCAUACUGCAGGUGGCCGCGGAACUCGCCGUCCUCAACGACAGGCUCGCCGCCACCGCAGCGGACGUUGGACAGGGUGUGCCGGGGGCCACUCGUGUCCAGGUGUCGCCGGCGUCCCCAUCGUCUUUGGUGGUUCAAGAACGGUUUGGGUCCUCAAUCACCACCAUGUCUCGAAGUAGAUAUACACCUGACGAAAUGUAUCAACAAUUGGUCGACAACAUAAAACACCAUCAAAUGAUUAUCAGAUGUGUCAGCUUGCUGCAGAAGUUGCUGAGUCGUGCGACUUCGGUGCUCCUCUUCUGCAACACGGUCUCCAUCUGCUUCCAAAUCAUGGCUACAGCUGUGUUGCUGCAGGAGGACGUGGAGGUCAUCCAGACGGUUAAGAUGUUGAUGAGCUCUACACUGUACGCUUACCAGGUGGCGCUGUUCUGCCUGCUCGGUCAGAAGAUCAUCAAUGAGAGCGAGCGCCUGCCGCGGUCCGCCUUCAGCUGCGGAUGGCCGGAAGCCGACACCCACUGCUGGCGGCUGCUGGUCGCUCUCUGCCGGCGAUCCUCCCGCGCACUCAGCCUCAAGGUGUGCGGCCUCUACACGCUGUCCAGGGAGACUCUGCUGCAGGUAGGGGCCGUCUAA